AUGGGAGCAGCGACUUCUGUCCUCUUCUUGCCUUGUGAAGAGCUCCCUCAAGCUCACUGGGACGCCUUGGAAACGUAUUGUCGGCGUCCCAACUUUCAUUGCGUGCGCAUGGACCACGGUGCACCAACUUCCGAAGCUUUCGAGAUCUGGAAAGGUUGGGUCGUUUCGGUCGUGCGCAACUUGCAGACUGGCAACCGUGUGUCAGCUGGGACACUCAAAAUUGUUCUGUUGCUGGGCUCAAAAGGAUCUGACCUUGACCGGAAUCACAUCCUGCAACUCUGUGAAGCCAUCAGGAUAUUUGGCUUUUACCGAUUGAUUCAUGUGAAGAUCUACUCCUUUGAUCCACUGUGUGAAACUGCACAACGACUCACAACGACUCACAACGCCAUGCACGUCGAUGACUCGUUGCACGAUCUGCGAUGCGCUACUGACAGCAAUGACAUCAAAAUUUGGGACUGGUUGAGACAACGCAGUGGUUGUGCCAAAACGCGAAAUGAUACUCUGUGCCAAAAAGGUUCUGGGAUCGAGCAAGCAGAGCGAGCUGUAUCAAAUCAUCAACUCAAUUCUCAACAACCAAUAACUAUCAAAUAA